CGCAAUGACUCAUGGGAUAUAUUGAUGAAAAAUGGCGGAACCGUAUAUCGACGCGGGUUACCUGCGUAGAGUCGUGUCUCCUAUCAUAAGAAACAAUAGGAAAGUUCCAAUGCGAUUUUCCUGUUGUCAUGACAUACUUCUAUUGAAGGAAGUGGUGGCUGUAAAUCCUUAUUCGUAUGAAAAUCCUAAAACUGCUUGGAUAAAUAUAUCAGAAAAUUUACAAAUGCAUUACACAGUCGACGGUAGAAGAUGCCGGGAAAGGACAAAUUUACUUCUACAGUAUUACGAGAAUGAUGAAGUCAGUUUGAGAAGAUCCGGAACAGAAGAGGAAUUUAAUGAACGUAAUCAACUUCUACAAAAAGUAAGAGAAUUAAGAUACGAGGCUCAGAUAGCGACCGAGAAGAAAUCGACGCAGCCGGCCGUUGCCAGGCUGCAAGUCGCGGAUGCGGCCGUGGUGUCUUUAAGACCGUCGUCUCCCGACUUUCCGUCCGACGAAGAUACAAAUUUCCCGAGAAAAAGAAAACAAAACUUUCUUGUCUCGUACUUACAAAGCAAGCAAGACCGACAGUUUCGGUUGAGACAAGAAGAAUUGGAUUUAAAGAAAGAAGAACUGCAGGUAGAGUUGAAAAGACUGAAACUGGAACAAGAAAAAUUAGAUUUGGAAAAAGAAAAAUUUAAUUUAGAGAGGAAAGAAAGAGAAUCAAGAUAUGAACUAGAGAGAAAAGAGAGAGAAACCAGACUGAAGCAGGACGGAGAGGAAAAAAGAUUGUUGUUAGAAUUACUCAUGAAAACUUUGAAUAAAGACUAAAUUUUUAUAAAAUUGUAAAAAGAAUUUUUAUUUUGUGUCGGACUUCGAACUCAAAUGUGAGUUAUAAAUAAACACUUGGCUUUAUUUCCAACACUUUUUAGUUUUAUUUAUUUAUUGAUUACAUUCUAAGUAUUUGUCCAAUUUGGGGGUAAACAAUUAAAAUAAUCUGGUGUUGCACUACCGUAUAAGCAAGUGUGACACUCUGUAAGUAGUGCACCAUCUAUAUAAAGUUUACCAACAGGCUGAAGAAACAAUUUAAAAUUAUUUUUAAAAUCUAGAAAAGCAAAUAUUUGAAUUAUUUUCCCAAAUACCCAUUCCACACGCUCUCUUACUGAAUUCAUUCUUGAAUUAAAUACUUGUUGCCCAGGUGUUAAACUAGCACCUCGGAAUGGUGUAAUGAGGUGUUGACGCAAAGGAUAACCAGAAUCUCCGUGUAAAACAAAUUGGAUCCUGGUCUAGGAGCAAGGAAUUGCAGACAAAUGCUCUAACAAAUUAGAUUCUUUUAACAUUCUGCUGUUGUGACGUCUUCCUUCUAAUGGUCCAAAUAAAUUAGCAAUCGUACCGUCCGGUGUAACCACUGAUUAAAAUUUCAAACAGUGUGUAUGUUUAUGGCCACUGAAUACCCUUUGAUGUUUUAUUGGUAGACAAAUAGGAUGUGCCGUUCCGUCUAUGAACCCCCAACAAUUUGUCAAAGGAGCACCUUUUGCUGUUAUUACAUGGCUAAAUAAUUUUAAUUGAGGUACAUUAAGGUGUUGUGUUUUUUUGAUUUAAAUAAUUAAUUUUUCUCUUGUUCUAUUUUGUUGAUAUUCAAUAACAAUUUGGAAUGGCUGUUGUAAAUGAAAUUUAGUAUUUCAUGUACAAAUUGUGAAAGUUCACUUUUUGUUCUCACCAAUAAAACAGAAAUAUCAUCAAGUCUAUUAGGAUAAACUAUCCUUUGUAAAAAAAAAAUACAUAAUGCAUCAAAUCCAAGUGAGCGUGAUCCCUUUUUACAAAUAAUUACAAAUGAAAGGCAUAAAGCAGAAUGGAGGUGAAACAAAUUGUCUCUUGAAAAUCUUAAAUUUAUAAAAUUUUAUAAGUUUUAUUCCUUUUUUUUUUCAUUUCUACUUUAAUUUAAUCACUUACUGAAAAUGAAACAAGCAAUCAGAAUCUGUCAUUUCAUUUAAAUUCACAGGUAUAGCUUUAGUGAUAUAAUGAAAUGGCUCGUUCAUCACUUUCAUACUCAUCCAACAAGACUAAUACCUCAUCAGUAGUCUACAAAUAAAAUUUUAAUUAAAUGCUUACUCACAAAAAAAAAAUAAAAGUGAACACAGCCUUGGAAUUCUGUGCUCACUUCACAUCACUUUAGAAAAUAUUGAAUAAUUAUAAUCAUUAUUUUUUACAACAUUAUUCAUGGAUGCUUAAAUAAUUCUUAUUUUAAUAGAAUAUGUCAUAAUUUCAACCCCAAACACAAAAAAAUGAAGUUUGAGCCGAACUUCUACUCAUCAUGCUUGACGUUUGACAUUCACAUUUUAGAGAUUAAAAUUUGGUUGCAACCUCUAUUGUCUAUGUGGAUUUUUGAGUGGUAUUUAUAGCAUAUCAAUUUAUUCAUAUAAGCCUACUUAUUAAUCAUGUGAAUAAGCUAUCAGAAAAUAUUUGCAGAACAUUUUUAAGUAAGUUCUUCAAUGUCAGAGGCAUCCAUGAACUUUUGUACAUGUAAUUAAUAGCUUACAUUUAAAUUUUUAGUAAAAUUAUUUUUCGGGAUAAAAUCAAAAUUAAUUGGAUCAAUCUU